AUGAUACUAAUUAGGAGCAUCCUUUUGCUCGCGUUCGCCUUGCUGGCAAGAUGCCAAAUAACAUAUACAGGAUGUCACAAUCAUAGCACGGUUGAGUAUUGCUACGGUCCUGAUGGCGAAGAGACUCCUCUGACUACCUAUUCAACCCCGCCUCCAGCUACACUCACAAGCGCACCAGACUCUAUAUUCAAUGCUGUAACAACUACCGGCAGCGGUCAGACUACUGCUGUUACUAGAUGCGUUUUGCAGGACUCGGAAAUUGUGUGCAUUAAUGGAAAUGGCGAAGAGGUGUUCGUCGAAGCGUCCGCGACGGCAGAGCCUCCAUCCCAGUACACCGGCUGUCACACACAUGGCGAAGAGCAGUUCUGCAUCGCGCCUGACGGCGAGGAAGUCUUGGUACUAUCGCUUGAAGACCAUUCGGAUGAACAUGAGGGACAUGAUGAUGCCGAAGAAGGUGAAGGCGGAGGAGAAAACUGCCACUUCCAUGCUGGCGUCGAGCAUUGUGUUGGCGCGGGCGAGUCAGAGUCAUCUACAGAGUCGAGCCCGACUUGCAACUUACGCAAGCGAGAUUAUGACAUCCCACUCAGAGUGGGAACCCUCUUCGCUGUCCUGGUCACCAGCAGCAUUGGUGUGUUCGGACCCAUCUUUCUCAAUCAGCUCCCAUUUGGAACGGUAGGAGGGAUCGCACUAUUAAUCAUGAAGCAAUUCGGCACAGGCGUCAUUGUUUCCACAGCUUUUGUGCAUCUGUACACUCAUGCAUCCCUGAUGUUCGCAAACGAAUGCCUUGGGCGACUCAGCUACGAAGCUACGACUUCAGCCAUUGUGAUGGCAGGCAUUUUCCUCGCGUUUCUUGUCGAAUACGUUAGUCAUCGUAUUGUACUGCUACGCGCUCAGAGUUCCGAUGGAUCAGCAGCAAGUCAAACGGCCGACAGGGAAACCUCCUCACCAGACAAGACGGCGCCACAGCCAACCUUGGCGACGUUUGCUGAUCACCAUCUCCCAUCAUCUGGUCUCAAUCAAAACACAUACCUCAGUGUUCUGGUCAUGGAAGCCGGCAUCAUCUUUCAUUCCAUUCUGAUUGGACUUACACUCGUCGUCGCAGGGGAUUCAUACUACAUUACGCUGUUCAUCGUCAUUGUAUUUCACCAGUUCUUCGAAGGAAUUGCGUUGGGUUCACGCAUUGCGCUGUUGUCUGGCUCCCGACACCCUAUGAUACACAAACUCUUGAUGGCCACAGCGUUCGCAUUAAUCACACCACUGGGUAUGGCGAUUGGUCUAGGCGUGCUCAAUCAUUUCAACGGCAACGAUCCUUCGACCAUUGUGGCAAUAGGCACACUUGACGCGUUGAGCGCAGGGAUCUUGUUAUGGGUCGGCGUAGUCGAGAUGUGGGCGAGAGAUUGGGUGAUCGCGGGCGGCGAGCUAGUUGAUGCAAGACUCGGCAAAGUGCUUUAUGCUGGCCUGUCGCUGGUGUCCGGAAUGGUGCUGAUGGGCGUUUUGGGUAAAUGGGCGUGA